AUGGUAGCUGCAGAAAAGGAAGCGCCCGUGGCGCAAAAUUCAUAUGCAUCACCACCUACAUUUCAGACAGAUGAUGUCGUUGCUAAAGAGGUCAACUCAGCCUCUGUGCCUCAGCCGGCGGUUUCACUUGUGUCGCCGCCAACUUCCUUGGCAGAUGAGACUGAUGUCCUCCAAGACCAUGCCGAUGCUGAGGGAGAGCAUUCUACGGUCCUUCAAACACCGACAUCCAAUGCUCGUCACUCUUCCCGUCAACCGCGUCAUGUAGAUCGAUACAUGCCUGAGGUCCAUGUUGUCAAGCCGUCGAAGUCAUCUGUACACACACCAAAUGCACGUCGCCCAUCGUUCGGCGCGUCAAGCACUAGCACGCAUAGAACUACUCCUGGUCCAUCGUCGGGUUCGAAGAAGUCUUCGUCACGUCCGUCGUCAUCACACGCAAAGACUCCAACCGCUGAUAAGAAAAUUGACCGGCAUGCCACGUUGACGUCCCCUGGUCAGACCAGCAAGCAUAUGAAGCGUGAGCGAACGACUGGGGCAGACGGUGAGCCAGAUGCUGAGAGCAUGCGUUUAAUCCGCGAACUUCAAGAACAGGAAUUUGGCCUACGAAAGCGAGCCACGAGAGCGUAA